UCACCCGGAGGAGCUGUCACGGUGGUUUGCUGGAAACCCCCUUUCUGUUGGGAGGAUUACUGGGUCACGGUCUCCCAAGGACAUGGAAACCCUUGGUGAAGUGCUGGAACCGAUCGGCACGAGGCGUACGUCGGUGGGAGCUGUGUCAGCCCGCUUUCGGCCGUGUAGCUGCUCCCAUCCAGACUCUAGAAGGGGUCCUCUUUGCGUCAGGCCACCCCCUCCCCGAGCGACUGCACUGGGUGUCCCUGCGCCGCGCGUCCCCUCCCUCUCGCCCCUCCCUCCUGGCUGCCAUAGAAACCAGCUUACGAGGUCCAGGCCGGCGUCCGGGUGCACUACAGGCCCCCCUGUCCCUCCUUCCCCAGGCCAGCCCCUCGCUCCGGAUUGGUCCUUCAGGAAACGCUGUGGGGCGUCUCGGUCCCUGCUGCGGAGCGGGCCUAGGCCGGAGAGCGGGGUUUGCCCUGGGCCGCUGCCGGUCAGGUCGGCCGCCCCUGACAGCUCCGGGAGCCUCAAGCGCGACAGCGGCGCCCUCACCUCGGGACAUCCACACACCGACCGCUCCUGCUCCAGAGGCAACCACCCAGCGCGCCUAGCCUGGCGCCGUGCAGCGAAGCCCUAGAGCUGGCCUCGCCACGAAGAGAUGGGGUCUCACUGUGUUGCCUAGGCUGGUCUUGAGCUCCUGGACUCAAACCAUCCACCCGUCUUGGUCUCCCAAAGUGCUGGGAUUAUAGGUGUGAGCUACCACAACCAGCCUAUUUUCUUUUUAAAGGUUGAACCAGCCAAAUUUUCGAGACAGCUCACGGCUUAGAGGAAGGUUCAUCUAAAUAAAGGCCGGCUAAAGUGACAUUGCAGGGAUUAAAUCCUUCUUUGGCUGCCUGUGUGACCAGAAGGCUUAUUUGCAAGUUUCUUCUUUCCUGGGGUCCAGAUUAUUAGGUCUCCAGCGCCCUGCAGCUUGACAGAAAGAGAAGCAUGAAAUGAAGGUCAGAGAUGAGAUCCCGCAGCAGGGACUUGGGGGCCUCCCAGGGGCAUUUACACACCAGAGUGCAAGAUUCUCUGGCCAUCAAGGGAAAUAGCAAACAGAAGCCUUUGUCCUGGGGCACAGCCACCUACCACAAAGCAUCAGACUCCACGUCUGGCCAGAAAGUUCCUGGAGUCCCAUCAGGCCAGUGGGUAUGUAACAUGUGCCUAAUUGUACAGCUAGAGCCUGCAAGUUCAACGUGAGGGAAGGUGGGAAAUGUCUUGAGUGAGGCGAGCAGCUCCUGGCUGGGCUGGGCAGACUCAGCUACCACGUUCACUGCCUUCCUCUCACUAAAGCCGAGAGGGAGGCUGCUCAGCUCUCAGGAAAACUCUUUUGAACCCUGGGCACCUGCUGUCCUCAGUUGGCAUCUCCCACCCUCUGAGCCUCUUCUGCUCCUGAACAACCUGCCUCUUCGCUGAGAUGGAGGUGUGAGCCCCCGUGGACGAUGACUGCAGUGUAUAUGAAUGGAGGUGGCCUGGUGAACCCCCACUAUGCCCGGUGGGAUCGGCGCGACAGUGUAGAAAGUGGCUGUCAGACCAAGAGCAGCAAGGAGGGUGAAGAGGGACAGCUCCACCAGCUGACGCCCUUCGAGAAACUGACACAGGACAUGUCCCAGGAUGAGAAGGUGGUGAGGGAGAUCACGCUGGGGAAACGGAUAGGCUUCUACCGAAUUCGAGGGGAAAUCGGAAGUGGAAACUUCUCCCAAGUGAAGCUUGGGAUUCACUCCCUAACCAAAGAAAAGGUGGCCAUUAAGAUCCUGGACAAGACCAAGUUAGACCAGAAAACCCAGAGGCUACUAUCCCGAGAAAUCUCCAGCAUGGAAAAGCUGCACCAUCCCAACAUCAUCCGCCUUUACGAAGUAGUGGAGACCCUAUCCAAGCUGCACUUGGUGAUGGAGUAUGCAGGGGGUGGGGAGCUCUUCGGAAAAAUUAGCACUGAGGGGAAGCUCUCUGAACCAGAAAGCAAGCUCAUCUUCUCCCAGAUUGUGUCUGCCGUGAAGCACAUGCAUGAAAACCAAAUUAUUCAUAGAGAUCUGAAAGCAGAAAAUGUAUUCUAUACCAGUAAUACUUGUGUGAAGGUGGGCGAUUUUGGAUUCAGCACAGUAAGCAAAAAAGGUGAAAUGCUGAACACUUUCUGUGGGUCUCCUCCCUACGCUGCGCCUGAACUCUUCCGGGACGAGCACUACAUCGGCAUUUACGUGGAUAUCUGGGCCUUGGGGGUGCUUUUGUACUUCAUGGUGGCUGGCACCAUGCCAUUUCGGGCAGAAACCGUGGCCAAACUAAAAAAGAGCAUCCUCGAGGGCACAUACAGUGUACCGCCGCACGUGUCAGAGCCCUGCCACCGACUCAUCCGAGGAGUCCUUCAGCAGAUCCCCACGGAGAGGUACGGAAUCGACUGCAUCAUGAAUGAUGAAUGGAUGCAAGGGGUGCCAUACCCUACACCUUUGGAACCUUUCCAACUGGAUCCCAAACAUUUGUCGGAAACCAGCACUCUCAAGGAAGAAGAAAAUGAGGUCAAAAGCACUUUAGAACAUUUGGGCAUUACAGAAGAGCAUAUUCGAAAUAAUCAAGGGAGAGAUGCUCGCAGCUCAAUCACAGGGGUCUAUAGAAUUAUUUUACAUAGAGUCCAACGGAAGAAGGCUUUGGAAAGUGUCCCAGUCAUGAUGCUACCAGACGCUAAAGAAAGAGACCUCAAAAAAGGGUCCCGUGUCUACAGAGGGAUAAGACACACAUCCAAAUUUUGCUCGAUUUUAUAAAUUGCACUAGACUGCUUGUAAUUAACCAAGAUGAUUGUUGCUGCUUCUAAAUUUUUUUCAAGGACAACUUGAGUGGAGACAUUUUUGUAAUUUUUAAAUAAAGUUAAAUUUGAGAUAUGCA